UUUCACUGGAAUAGAGAGCAAGUGUCGAGAAAAAAAAACUGCAAGUGCUCGAAAAGUACCGAAAAAAUUAAACUAGUUGAGAGAGAGAGAGAGAGAGAGAGAGAAAGAGAGAGUGUGUGAGAGAGAGAGAAUGGAAUGACUGAUGACGUCGAGAAUGAAAAAAUUUAGUUGUUUGUUGAAAGUGAAGAAAAAGGAGCGAAGUAUAACAACAGUGAGAGAGCGUUACGUGCGCGUGUUGCAAUGCUUCGGUUUACCUUUUUGCAAUUCGUCCGAAAAGAAUACGCGGCUCACUGUGCACACGCGCUGAUGUCGCUACUGCUAAAUACGAAUUGUACUCGCGUUCGUGCUCGUGGGUGCAAGCAAUACGUCCAUUUAUUACGCAUUAUCUAUUAGGUUAUCAGCAAUUUAUAACAACCUUCGCGGGAAUUCACUUUAAUUGGCUGAAAUUUUUCGCAGUCGUCAGUUCAUUUUUUUCUGUCAUUCGCACACGUCAGCCAUGUACCGCGACGAGAAAGACGAUCGGACAUUAGAAUGGUGGCCGGUGAAACACGAAUGGUCGAUCUACGUGAUGUUCGCCGGCUACCUGUACUUUGUACUGCGCUGUGGCCCACGUUUCAUGGAAAAAAGGCCAGCGUACAGCCUGAAAACGUUCAUCAAAUACUACAAUAUCUUUCAAAUCGUGUACAACGCAUGGAUCGUAUACUCGUGCGUCAAAUAUGGUCUUUUCUCAGACAUUGGUUUUGGCUGUGUCUUUGUCGACAGAUCUACCACCGGUGUACCCAUGGACUUGGCCAACCUGUUCUAUUGGGUACUCCUACUAAAAAUCAUCGAUAUGGUCGAGACUGUUGUGUUUGUAUUGAGGAAAAAGCAAAGACAAGUGUCGUUCCUUCACGUUUAUCAUCACAUCUCAACGAUAUACAUCACGCAAAUGUCAGUUAAGUUCUAUCCAGGUGGUAUGGCGACGGUACCCAUGGCUGUUAACUCCACUAUCCACGUGAUUAUGUACACCUACUAUUAUCUCAGCAGUUUAGGCCCCAAAGUUCAGCGAGUCAUCAACCCUAUUAAGCCUUACAUCACUAUCAUGCAGAUGGUGCAAUUUUUCUUCCUUUUGGGCCACACAGUACAGGCUUUCUUCCCAAGCUGUGUUGUACCUCAGUGGGGUGCUAUUGUUAUGUUCACCAAUCUUGUUAUCAACUUUACCCUGUUCUACAACUUCUAUAGGAAAAAUUAUAAAAACAAAACUGACAAACCAAAGAAGAGUUAAAGUUUCAAAUAUAUUGAACACUAUAAGCCAAAUUUUAAUGUAUUGUAGUUUACUAAAAAAGAAAACCAAGUGACUACCAAUUUUUCUACAGUACUACAAUUACAAUUUAGCUUGUUACGACAUGAUUGAUACAUUAUCAAGUCUGUCAAGUUACUUUAAGAUUUUAAAACAAUCUAUUCAAGUAACUGCUCAUUUAAAUAUAAAAAAAUACUUAUUCAUAUCAAUUUCAACUCGACUGUCAAACUAGGGGUAAGACAUUUCAAAAUUAAAUAGGAACAAAACUUGAUGUAAUAUGAUUGUGUAAAACUUAGCAAACAAAAAGAAUAAGUUAUUCAUUCAAAAGUCUUAUACCAACAAGUAUAGAUAAAUUAUGUGACAUUAAUGUACCUAUUUCAUUUUAGUAGUUGAUUAAUCAUAAACAAUCGUAACAUUGAAAAUGGUUGUUUGCGAAUGGACCUCAUGACAUUAUUGCAUAACCAGAUAACCAAUCAACGAGUUAAGAGCUUUUGUAUAUUUUUUCAAUCAUAAUUUAAGAAAACACACUGAAUUAUGUAAAUAUUUGAAUGAAAAUGCCAAAUGUAAAUAAUUUAAGUGUUAGAUAGAAUGUCAGGUUUUCAAUUCACACAAGAUUCUGAACUUUAUAUAUAAAAGAAAGCAAUAAAUCUUCAAAUUGAAAGUAAGAAACUAAAUUAAAUACAAUCAAUUCUUGACUGUUGAUAAAUUUAUAGAACUCUAUCUAAUUUAUUCUGUAAUAAUAGUUGCAAAUUCUUGAUAUUCUGUGAAAUAAAAGAAUAUAAAAGAUGUAUCAAUAAAAAUUGAAUUGUAAAACUUGUAAAAAGAAGUGUUAACACAUAAAAAUUCUACAACAA